AUGAAAGUUCGGGAUGGCGGCUUUUUGCCCAACAUCAAUGCUCAGACUACUUCUGCCGACACUUACCGAAACCCAUCACAAUUCAUGAAGGGCCCAAAAACGUUUGCGCGAAACGGACCGUCAUCGAACUAUCAGUCGAGCGCAACGAAAUCCUACAUUCCACCAGUGUCCAGCCAGUCUGGUAUCAUUGUCGGCGACAAAUCAGCCAGCCCUUAUUCGGUCAAGAAGUUCUCUCCUGAGGACUGGCAUCGACGCAAUCAGAAAAACAACAUUAAAAAAGCACCUAUUCAGGAUCAUUUCGCUACCUCGGACGCUUUCCGAGCUUCCUCCGAGCGACUUAGAGCUGACACAUACGCUCUCGUCCAGGAGCGCGACCAGCUGACGGCGAAAAAUCAGGCCCACUCGACAAAGAACAUCGACGAUCGAGCGAACGACAUCGACUUCUGGAAGUCCGAGCUUCGACACGAGACUGAGCUCCUCAUCUCUGAGACAAGCUCUCUUUCUCAGCAAAAGAAGCAGUUGGAACGCGCACUCGCCGAAACCGAGAGCCCACUUGGCAUCUCCAAAGAAUGUCUUUACAACAGAGACAAGCGAGAGGGCAUCGAUUUGGUCCACGACGCUGUCGAAAUCCAGCUUAACCAGGAAGUCGAAGUCAUCCGAUUCUGCCAGGAAAAGAUGAAGCGACUGAUUGCCCGAGCUGAGAGACAGCUUCAACGCAACCGAGACGCCCAGCACGAGUUGGACAAGGAUUCGCACGACAAAGUCUCCGCGGCAUCUAUUGAUAACCGAUGCUACCAGUUAAAGAAUAUCUCCGCUGGAAUCAAUUACUUCAGAGGAAUUGAGGAUGUCGACCGAACCCAGACGAUCCCAUCCAGCUGGGCAAAGUUCUCCGAUGACAACAUCCGACGAUCCCAAGCCGAACGAAAUUCUUCCACUAGAAUGCGAGAAGAAAUCGAAACAUGCCUCGCUGAGACGUCUAAUCAGAUGUGGUCACAGUGGAACCGAGUCAACGUCGCCUUUACUCAUCGAGUAGCUGAGCAGGUCGACACCAAGAACACCCUCCAAUCGCAUCUUAACCGAACUCUCCAAGAGAUUCAUGACGUCGAAACGACCAUCAAACGACUCCACCGAGCGAUUGCUGAUAAGGAGCUUCCAGUCAAGGUCGCUGAGACCAGACUCGACGAGCGAACACGACGACCAAACCUGGAACUCUGCCGUGAUCCCGCCCAGUUGAUGCUUGUUUCCGAAGUGAAGCAACUCCAAGCUACACUCGCUAGCCUUCGUCAGCGAUUAGACGAGGAGCAGCAUCAGCUCCAGAAGUUGGUUACCGCUCGAAGCAAGAUUGAGCACGAGAUUCGAACAAAGGCGAACUCAAUCUUCAUCGAUCAAGACAAAUGCAUGUCAAUGCGAAAAACUUUCCCCACCACACCAAGACUGUCUGGCUAUUCUUAUUGA